CAAGAUAAUUGCAUACAAUAGGUUUUAAUAUUUACAAGGAAAUAUCCAAUAACAAGGAUUUUUAUUACCAAUUAGUAUUUAAAGAUCAUGUCCCUAAUUCCAUUAAAUAAUCAGAAAAGAAGAAAAAUAUCAAACGAUAAAAAAUUAGGCAGAAGAGUCAGUGGUGCUUUGAUAUUUAGACAGCAGUUAACUCAAGUUGAUGACACCAGCAAAAACUCCAAUGAUCUAAGCAAUAUAUUAACCACUACAAUCAUUAAUACAACCACCAACCGAAACAAUCAAUUUUUAGAUGAUGAUGACGAUGAUGAUGACGAUCAAUUAUUAAUGGAUCACGAAAAUUUCGAAGAAUGGAUUCGAAUGACAACAGAUAACAAGAUCAAUAUAAUUAACUCUUGGAAUGUUAAAUUAAUUGACUAUUUUCAUGAUUUAAGAGUUCUAAAAGAUGAUAAAAAUAAUAUAAACUUUCAAAAGGCCUCUACAACCUUAGAUGGGUGUAUGAAAGUUUACUCAUCAAGAGUUGAUUCAGUAGCAACAGAAACAGGAAAAUUAUUAACAGGUUUGGGAACUAAGAGCAAAAACAGUAAAGCUGAUGGAAAUGGUGAUCAAAAUGAUGAUGGAGAUCCUAAUAACAAAUUGAGCAAUGAUCAAGAUAUUAAUGAAUUUUUUCCUGAUGAAAACAAUUCUAAAAAAAAAGAAAGAAAGAAUAGAAAUAGAUUUCUUGAAACAACUUUAGUCAAAGAUUUUGAUGAAUUAAAAAUAAAAAAAUUAGAACAAGAGUUUCAAAUUGAUCCACUCUUCAAAAAAGCCUUGUCUGAAUUUGACGAGGGUGGUGCAAAAUCCUUAUUGUUAAACAAUUUAGAUAUUAAUAAAGAAGGAAGAGUGGUAUUUGAUACUGGAAGUCAGAAUAAUGAAAUAAUUAUAAAAGAUUAUGAUGAUAAUGGUGAUCAAAGCAUACACCCAACCGAAAUUGGGCAACUACAAUCAGAAUUGGAUGAGGAAAAAAAUGACAAAAUCUUGCCAGAAAAAUCAGAGAUCAAUAUUUUAAAUUUUUCAACAAUUGAUUUUUCUUUUUUUAAAAAGAUUUUGUACAGAAAUAAUAAAGAAUUAGAAAAUUUAUCUGUUUGCAAAAAGAUUUCUCAAAUUGAAGAAAUCUCUAAUAAUGUGGGAAAGUCAAAAAAUUUAAUUGACAAUUUACUAACCAUCGAAGAAUCUUUUGUUUUUUAUGGUGAUCAGAGCGAUGAAAAUCCUUUUCCAUUUGAAGAUUCAAAAUUUUUGGAAGCUAAUGAUAUCACUGAAAACAAUUUUAGUAAUGGAAAUAAAAACGUACUAAAUUCUGAUGAACAACAUAUUGAUAAUAACAUAGAUUUUUUUCCCAACGACGAUAUGGAUAUGCCUGCCUUUGAAGACAUUAAUAAUAAUUUUAAUGACGAGGAUGAUGAUAAUGAUGAGGAUGACAAUGACCACCAAGAACAAAAUGAUUCCUUAGAUCAAAUUGGAGCUCUCAGUAACAAAGCUGCCGCCGUUUUAAAUACUUUAAUUGAUAAUGAAAUAAAUGAUGAUGAUAAUUUUGAUAUAGAAGAUCCAAAUUCAUCAAAAAGAAUACUUGAUGUAAAUAUAAUGGCCUAUUUUGACAAUCAGGGAAAUAAAAAUUGGGCAGGUCCUUUAUACACCAGAAACACACACUGGAAGAUUAAUGCAUUCAAGAAAAAUACUUUGGGAAUUCCAAGUAAUAGUAAUGAAAUUGAAACUAAAAAUGAUAGUAAUGAAAGUUUUUCAAAAGGGAUAAAUAAAAAAAAAAACAAAUUAGAAUUUACGAUUGAUUUUUUUUCAGACGAUAUUGAUGAAGAGAUUUUAUUCAAGUCGUCUAAAACAUCGAUUGAUUUACCUGCAAAACAAAGAAUAAGUAAAGACAAUAAUUUAUUGCCAAAAGAUCUUUAUUUUUCGUCAAGUAGAUUGAUUCAUUUUUUCUUAAAACCUGAUGAUAAUUUAGCAAUAUAUGUUCAUAAGGGUAUUAAAAAAGAUACUCAGACUGAUAAUUACAUAGAAGAGCCUAAAGCUGAACCAGAUAAUGGAAUUGUUCAUGAUCAUGCUGAUGAAAAGUUUUUCGCAAAUGCCUAUGAAGAUGCUGAAAAUGAAAAAAAUGAAAAAGACAACUUUUAUCAAGAUGAUAUUCCGAUUGAUGCAGGAGCAGAUGUUUUUGAUGAUGAUUUUGGUGAUGCUUAUGGUAUGGAUGUUAGCCAGGUAAUUCAAAGAGACUCAAUUAGUCCUAGUGAAAAUUUUGGCUCUAAUUCUUCUAGCAGAAGAAGAGGAGGCGAUACUGUUAGUUAUUCUAAAAUUGCCAAAAGAGUUGAUGUCAAAAUGCUUAAAGACAACCUAUGGAGUGCUUUUAAUACAGUAAAAAAGGAAAAAGAAAAGAUAUCAUCACAUAGACACAGUGAAGAGAAUCAAAAAGAGAAUCAAAAAGAGAAUCAAGAAGAAGAUAAAACCGAAACUGAAGAGCAAGUCAAUGGCUCAAAACUGCCACUCGAGGUUGAUAAUGAUAUCAAGUUUAGUGAUAUCGUUAAAAAUACAAGCGAUAUGUACUCUUUGGAAGAAAGACGAGAUUUGAGUACCAGUUAUUUUUUUAUUUGUGUUCUUCAUUUAGCAAAUGAAAAUGGAUUGACAAUCGAAGGUGAUGUUAACUAUUCUGAUUUUAGAAUAAAAGGGAUGACAUGAUUUUGUUUAUUGAAUGUUCUAUUUAGAGUUUCUUGAGUUGUAUUGUUUUUUAUGAUUAGUUUUUUUGGAUCGUUUUUUGUACUUUUUAAAAUACCCAUUAUUUUUUAUUUUUAAAUUUUUAAUAA